AUAGUUUGAAGUGACAACGUCUGAAGUGACGACGUCUUGGACUCCAAGUUCAACAGGAAUGUCGCAGUCGAUUAGUUAUUUCGGUCGAAGUGUAGCUACAACAGCAUGCGUGAUUUGGUCACAAGUCUAGGAAACAGGUUUUUCCGGAUUUUGAGUUAGAUCUUCUCAGUUACCGGGUGUACAUAACGGUUCCCGGAGUUAACGAAAAGUCGCAAAUGUGCUACGGUGCGGACAAUGUCACAUGCAUGUCGACAUCAGGUACGUACGUGGUAGUAAGUAAGUUCUGUAUUCUAUUGGGAUAGAACCUGCUACUCUAGGCGUGCCCACACUACAUCUCAGUGGUGUCGUGUCUUGUACCAAUAUGUGUCACAUGAUACCGCAACUGCAAGUCCCGCAUAUCCGGUGUUGUUGCCGCCUGGUAGAAGAUAUCACUAUGAAACACGGUCGUAAUUGGUGUUGGUCUUGCUAGUUGAGAAGAAUACAGUUUCAUAAAACAAAUGCAAAUUUUGUGUGAUACGACAGUGUCGUAUUAGACCGUGUAAUAACUAUAAACGUGAGCGGGUCUCUAGAGAUCGGUGUGCAAUGAUGUCAUCUUCCGUACUUCGAUGAGCAAUAAGAGCAACUUGCUAGAGUGCAACCAAGCAGUUUUACUGCUCGUUUGUCUUCGAACAUCAUGCUGAGAAUAGAACUCUUUGUGCUCAUAGGAUUGAUGGUGACAGCUACAGCAACUUCAGAUUCAGAAGUGACGGAGAGCAAGAUUUGCAACACUGGUUGCUGUUCUGUAACAGUAUCAGGUGCUCCUGGCGUUGCCGGUUUGGAUGGAGAAAAAGGAGAUAAAGGUGAAAAAGGAGUGGCUGGAAAAGUUGGUCCCAACGGCAGUCGAGGAGAGCGCGGAGCUAGUGGUUUAACUGGGCCAAUGGGGCCACCAGGAAUUCUUCGCUUAGACGAAUGUUUUCGUCUAGGAAAAGGAAUGAUGAGAUACAGCACGAAAAUGAAGGAGAUAGAGUACUGUGACGGCAACAAAUGGCUACCACUGAUACAGCCUGGCAACUCCUUGCUGAUGCCUGCAUUAUCAUGCAAGCAAAUUGCACUCGAACACAACUUAUCUUUCAACAAUGGACAGUAUUGGAUUAAACCAUCUGUUAGCGAUCCGCCAUUCAAGGUAUUCUGUGAUACGUCUGAAGGUUGGACUCUGAUCAUGAAAAUAGAUGGGAAUCAGCAAACCUUUAUCUAUGAUAGCGAGUUGUGGUCGAACAAGGAAACAUUUCAAUCAAAUCAUGUUAAUUUGGAUGACAAGGAAACCAAACUGGCGUCGUAUUGGACACUACCAUUUACUGAACUUAAUGUCUAGCCAUUGUAAUUACUAGCAUUUGCAUACCAUUUUACCAUAUCAGUGUUAUCUUUUUUGUAGUUAGUCUGUUGUUUGAGACAAUUUUUGCAGAACAACGAAUUUCAUUGAGGAUUUGAAAGUCUA